AUGUCAAAACAGAUCUGUCUACAAGAGUUCGACGACACAUUCACAUUGUCUUACUCCGUGAAAACCAAGGGAUCCGAGAAACCAGAAUUCUUCAUUCCCGUAUCUCACAUGCUAUUCACGCUUGACAUCAUCAUCAACGGUCAUAAGCUUGAUAGCUCUAACCACUGCGUGGAAAGGAUCCUGGCAGCGUUGUUGAACUCAUCGUUUUGGAAAAGUAUUUUCUUCGACAUUGAUACCCUGGCUACGAGCAAUAGCUCGGUAUCUCUCUUCCUCAAAUGCAACCUUUUCAGUGACAUCUUGGGCGAUUUCAAGCAUGCCAACAACGUAGCAAGCAUCGAAUGCCUUCAUCUUGUCUACAGAUACGACACGCCUUGCCCGCUGGUGUAUUACAGUUGUUUGUUCAACAAUCUUCAGUAUUCACUCACGUCAUUGAUGCUCCACUUGGAAGCUGAGUACCCGUUUGUCUUCUCAUUCUACGGGAAACAUCUUUUCGAAAUAAACUAUCAAUCUUUACUACGCAUCUUUACCGAGCUAAGUACGCCACUUCAAGGGCCCGGGGAACCGGAUCGGGCGGAGAUGCUACAAUUGGUACUUGAGAAGCUCCAGUUCUUCAUACACACAAAGUACAACACAGUGGAGUUGAUGAAAGAAUGUGCCCAGAGCUCAGGCUUCAAGCUCAAGCCGGGAUCUCCAAUCUCUAGCCCCCAGCCUGUCGGUAACUCUGCUCUUCCCACCACUCCAAAGGGAAACUUCUACGACAAGCCCACCUUGCAGUUCGACCAGAAUGAUAACAACAACCCAUAUCAAACGAUGAACGUCUCGUCUGGAUUGUCGUCUCAGCCAGUCACAUCACACAAGGAUAUCAGGUCAUAUGCGGAGCAGACCUUGGGUUCCGAUAACGCCUUGAUCCAAGCAGUCAAACUCCCUCAGGAUGAGGAUGUCAACGAGUGGUUAGCAGUUCAUGUGGUUGACUUCUACAACCAGAUCAAUAUGCUUUACGGUACGAUCACGGAGUUCUGCUCUCCCAAGACAUGCCCACGUAUGAUUGCAACAGAGGAGUACGAAUACUUGUGGCAGGAGACGAAUUCUGGAAGCAGCAGCAACGUGCCUCCUAAGAAGCCGAUCUCUUUACCAGCUUGCGACUACGUCGAGAAUCUCAUGAAUUGGAUUCAGAACUUCUUUGAUAAUGACAACAUCUUUCCAUCCAAGAUCGGUGCACCCUUCCCACAACAAUUCCCUAAUUUGGUGAAGACGAUAUUCAAGAGGCUUUUGAGAAUCUACGCUCAUAUCUACUGCCAUCAUUUCCACGAAAUCUCUGAGUUGGGAUUACAGAGUCACUUGAACACGAGUUUGAAGCACUACGUUCUCUUCAGCAAGGAAUUUGACUUGAUUAGCAGAAGAGACUACGGUCCCCUCGAGGACUUGAUCAACACCAUGUUGAAGUCGUGA